CUCUCACUCUAUUUCUCUCUCCUUCAUACACACAAUGUGUGUGUGAAGGAAAAACCUUCAUUACUUCUAAAAUCCCUACAAAAAAUCAUUUGUUGGAGGAAAUUUCGGCCCCAAAUAUAUUCUAUGGCUCAAGUGUGUUCUUGAAAGCACACCUUCUUCAUACCCAAAAAAACAGAGCUUUUAAAAUCAUAAUGCUAAAAAAACCUUCAUAUCCAUUCUCUUUUCUUCUUCUUUUUCUUGCCCUUUUUUUCCUUUUAUCAAAUGGAGAAUCCCAUUAUCGAAUCUCUCGAUCAACACCCACUUCAGGAAAAUUCAAUUCAUGGGUGAGCAGGAGAUUGCUUGGUGAUGAACAAAAGAAUGGAAAUAAAUCACUUGUUUUGGCUCAAGAAAGAACAACAAGAAAAGAUCCUCUUGAUAAAUUUAAGAAAUAUAGAGGAGGAUGGAACAUCAAAGAGCGCCAUUAUUGGGCUUCGGUGGCGUUCACGGCGGCGCCCUUCUUCGUGGUGGCGGCAGCCUGGUUCGUGAUCUUCGGUCUAUCCCUAUCUCUAAUAUGUCUUUGCUACUGUUGUUGCCGGAAAGAAUCAUACGGCUAUUCAAAAACAGCCUACACCGUAUCUCUCGUUCUUCUAAUCCUCUUCACAAUCAUGGCAAUUGUUGGAUGCAUUGUUUUAUACACGGGUCAAGGUAAAUUUCAUCAAACUACAACGAAAACAUUGAGGUAUAUCGUGAAUCAAGCGGAUAUAACUGCUAAAAGGCUUCGAAACGUCUCUGAUGAUCUUGCUUCCGCUAAGAAUAUCGCUGUUGCACAAGUGUUCUUGCCUGUUGAUGUUCAAGCUGACAUCGAUGAGAUACAAACAAAGCUUAAUGCUUCAGCUGUUGAACUUUCAGAAAGAACCAAAGAGAAUAAAGAAGACAUCCACGAUAUCCUUGAAUCUGUGAGCAUUGCAUUGAUUGUUAUAUCUGCUGUUAUGUUGUUAUGGACGUUUCUUGGAUUCAUCUUUUCGAUUCUUGGCAUGCAAUGCAUGGUUUACACAUUGGUGUUAUUCGGAUGGGUUUUCAUCACGAUAACGUUUAUACUCUGCGGUGUAUUCCUUUGUCUACAAAAUGUGACUGCGGACAGCUGUGAGGCGAUGAAUCAAUGGGUCGAGAAUCCAACGGCUCACACGAAUCUAGACGAUAUUCUUCCAUGUGUAGACAAUGUCACAGCUCAAGAAACCGAAAAGAGAACCAAAGAAGUCACGUCUCAGCUCGUAACUGUGAUCAACCAAGCCGUCAGAAACGUCACAAACGGCAACUUUCCGGCGAAUUUUGCGCCGCUGUACUACAACCAGUCUGGUCCGCCGAUGCCAACCCUUUGCAACCCGUUCAACUCCGACCUCACUGAUCGGAAAUGUGACUCCGGUGAAGUUCCAUUGAGCGAUGGCUCACAGGUAUACAGUAAAUUCGUUUGUCAAGUUUCACCCUCCGGAGCGUGCACCACCACCGGCCGCCUUACACCGGAAUCGUUCAGCCAAAUGUCUGCCGGAAUAGAGCUGAGCUAUUCGUUGUACCUUUAUGGACCAUUCUUGGUGGAUCUUCAAGACUGUACUUUCGUCCGGCAAACUUUCACGGACAUCUCCCGGGAUCACUGUCCGGGGCUGUGCCGCUACCUGAACUGGAUCUACGUUGGGCUGCUGAUGGUGUCGUUGGCCGUGAUGCUGUCGCUGGUUUUCUGGGUGAUUUAUGGGAGGGAGAGGAGACAUCGAGUGUAUACGAAGACAGUUAUAAGUAGAAGUGGACGUGGUGGGGAGAAAUAUAUAUAAAGGAUUUUUUAUAAUUUUUUUUGGAGGAUUUGUAAAUAUUUGUGUGGAGAUUGUAAAAGUGGCUAAAUGUUGGUGGUGUGUGAUGUUGGUUUGUUG